UUUCCACGGAGCCUUCCGGAUAGGAUUUGUCUCCCCUCCACUGCGCCUCUCCGUUUCCGCCAUGGCUCCGGCCGCCGCCUUCCUGUCGGCGUGCGCCGCUGGUUCCAUUCCCCGUGCGCCCUUCCUGAUCCCGAGGCCUCUUCUUCUCCCAAUUCCGCUCUCCCCUGCGCGCUGGGACCGCUCCCGCAGCUGCAGCCUCUUUGGCGUAGGCGCCAACACUCGCCGCGCGCCAACCCUUCGACGGAACGCCUCCACGGAGACGGUGGUUCCCUACGUGCCGGGCUCUGGCAAGUACAUAGCGCCGGACUACCUCGUGAAGAAGGUGUCAGCCGAGGAGGUGCAGGAGCUGGUGAGGGGGCAGAGGAAGGUGCCGCUCAUCGUUGACUUCUACGCGACCUGGUGCGGGCCCUGUGUUCAGAUGGCGCAGGACAUCGAGAUGCUUGCAGUUGAGUAUGAGGACAAUGCCCUGUUUGUGAAGGUGGACACAGAUGAUGAAUAUGAAUUUGCAAAAGACAUGCAGGUAAGAGGGCUUCCGACCCUUUACUUCUUCAGUCCAGACCAAAACAAAGAUGCCAUACGCACCGAGGGGCUAAUUCCUAUGGAUAUGAUCAGAAACAUCAUUGACAACGAGUUAUGACAGCUGAUAGAUCACUGUAUUAGGAACAUAGGCAAUGUUUUAUCUUUGUAGCAGAAAAUUUUUUGUCAUGAGGCUAAGCAUUACCGCUAGGUGCUAGUUUGUGUGCUUGAUGUUUUCUUUUGCUCCAAUGGUAGGUUUCAUCUGUGCAAAUCCAUUCUGCUGUUUCUGUAUCGUGUUGUUUAUUCUCAUCAAACUCUAGGUUGUGUCGUGCUGUUGUCGGUUAGGCCUGUGUGACCAUUUUCAUCCCUCGAAUGAUAAGAUGGCUUUGGCUCAGAUUGGUCCUCAAA